AUGAGUACAUUACAUAGCAAACCAACGGCAGGCAUAUUAUGUAUGUUUUACCUCAGGGUAAUGGGCAUGCACGAUCCAUACGUACCUAAGUUAGGCGGGGGAGCUUCCUUGAGCGUUGCUGUUCAGGCACCCGAUCGCCCGUCGUUCAUCUACCUGAACUUGGCCCCGUUGGCGUGGACCGUUGCGGGACUCGGGUACCGAGAGUCCUUUCCUAUGGGCCAGGACUGGUGGAUUGGACACGGAACAACACUUCGACAUCACACGACAGUAGCGGCGCCGAGCGCUAUUUCGUUCCUGUUCAACUACCUACCUUUACUUCAACUACUUAUCCAGUGCUGGGAGACAGGCCUCGCCCGACAUCACAGCUUUUUUGGGAGCCACGAAACUUUCCGUGCGCCGUUUCCCACAAACACCCGGCCCGCAUCUUACCUCGAAACUCGCGCCGCAUAA